AUGCUGGAUAACUUCUUGGCUUCCGGAAAACAGCAUCAAUUUGUUGCUGUUACUGAGUGGUCUGGUGGACUUUAUGUGUCCCCAACCAUUGCUGGAAGCAGGCCUGGGAGUUUGAUAGCGGGGGCUUGGGCAGCAAUGAUGUCUCUAGGACUAGAAGGUUACUUGGAGAACACACGAGUGAUCAUGGAAGUAUCAAAGAGAAUACAAAAAGGAAUAAAAGAGAUUCCUGAAUUGUUUAUCAUUGGAAGGCCUGACAUGACAAUUGUGGCUUUUGGAUCCGAUGCUGUAGACAUAUUUGAAGUCAAUGACAUAUUGUCAUCUAAAGGCUGGCAUUUGAAUGCAUUGCAGAGACCCAACAGGUGAACUAUUGAUGCAAGGGAAUUCUUAAUUUUGACGCAUGUAGAGAUAGGUUAUUAUGAAAGUCACUCCAAUGCAAAUUGGGGUAGCUGAUCACUGUCUGAAGCAUGAAGUUAUAUGGCAUCUCAAUAUUUUGAUUUGAUUGGACGUUUCUAACUAGUUAAUCAUCAGCUCCCAUGGUUGAAUGGGUUAUACAUUAGAAGCCUGCUCUAGGGAGUGAUGAAGGAAGUUUAUAUUUAGUUUUACCUUCAUGUGUCUAAUUGUUCUGAAAUUAGUUUUCUAUGUGCAUUCAUCA